AUGGAAUCCUCAGAAAUAGCAGAAUUCAACAAUUUCAUGCUGAAAAAACCUGUAGAAACCGCUGCCCGUCAUGAGUUUACACUCCGAGAAGCACGAUUUGGUGGAAGUUUGGAGCUGAGUACUAGAAGGACAACCGAAAGUACUAUGACGGUUUCCAGCGCCUUGCAACGAAGUUCACAUAGUUUCGAUAUUACUGUAAGACGGGUAAUUGCAAAUCGCGGUGAAUCGGUACGAGUCACAUGUUCAGCUACUGAGGAGAAUCACUUCUUUGUUAGCCUGGAACUCCAGUCUAUGAAACUUGCUCGUUACGAAUCGCUGUUGAUCUGCAAAGCGCCAAAUCGAGAAACUCCACAGCAGAUGUACACGUCUGAAUCCAGUGAAUUGGUGCAAGUGUCAAAUGUUUCAAUGCAGAAAACAUUUGCUUACGAAUCAUCGCACAUUGUUUGGGCGGAAAAACGACGAUUCGAGAUUUUGCCACUGCUAUGCAACGCUUCACGUGAAACCUACGCUGAGCUUUACAACUGCCUCGAAUCCAGACUGCCUCUCAAACAGCACGCUGGAACAACAAUAAUAUUCCGUGAAAUACGCCGCGGAGAUCACGUUAGAAUGAAACUGAUGGCAACUGAAGAAACUAUAUUCAACGCUGAAGUAUCAUUCGAGAAGCAAAGUUACGAAGCAGUGAGAACACACACUGAACAGGAAAUAAGCACGGAGGUACCACAAUUGCUGGAAACCCUGGAAAGCUUGGAAACAGCGAUAGAAGUCCGGGAAACGGAGGUGCGGAGGCGACUGAGUGAGGUGCAUGUAGAAUCCGCCCUGGAAAUAGCUGCUAGGGAGUGUUCACCCAUUUCUUUACAAACAGAUUCCGCUGAACAAACCUUGAUUCGGCAUGAUGCUGAGCUUCACGUUGACGUGCAACGUACGGUUGGUAUGGCAGAAAUCGAGAAAUCGGCCAUCGCUGUGGAACGCGAAAAGCUGCUGUGUGCGGGAGUCGAUGUGACGCUGCGACAUGAAGAGGAGGAAUAUGAGGAGCAAAGGGAAGAAAAAUCUGAGAAACGGUUGGUACUUUUUCACUGUUGUAAAUUUGUUAACUUAAAAAUGGAAUUUCAAAUCCAUGGAGUUUAG